UCAAAUCUCCCCUUCCUCUCUCACCCUAGCCUAUAUGUUCCUCACAACAUGAAUGUUACUUAAAAAUUUUAACCCUUUCUUCUCUUUCAAUCCAAGUUUUCUUUCAUCAUCAACUUCUUCUUAGUCUUUGAAUUUCGUGUUCUCCAAUGAUGAUACUUUGGAUUUGGAGUGCUAAGUUCAACUGGAUACUUGCAAGUUAGCUUUACUUCAGAUCCGAGGAAUGUAAGCUGGAUAUCUUGUUUUGAAGAAAGACGGGUUCGUUAUUAAUAUAAGAAUUCUUCAAUCUCUUUCUGUUUUUAGUCCUCUUUGGUUCUUCGAUUUCAGCUCUUAUUACGUGUAGAUGUUAUAGAAUUAUCAGCUAGCUGAGAUGGUCAAGAAAGAACCUGAUCAAACAUGUCCAAUGAUGUUCAUAUUAAUGUUCUUGUUCUUGAAUUGUCGCAUGUUACAUGCAGAAGAAGAACUUGAGCUUCUCUUGUCCUUCAAAUAUUCCAUCAAUGAUCCUUUGCAUUAUCUUUCCAACUGGAACCCUUCUGUUACUUUCUGCAAGUGGCAAGGCGUCACUUGCAACAACUCCUCUCACAUUAAGGUCAUUGAUCUCUCAGGGAAAAACAUCUCUGGAAAUCUUUCCUCGUCAAUCUUUCAGUUGCCAUAUAUUGAAACUAUAAAUCUCUCAAGCAAUCAGCUCUCUGGAGAAAUUCCUUAUGGCAUUUUCUCUAGCACUUCGCUUCAAUACCUCAAUCUCAGUAACAAUAAUUUCACUGGCUCUAUACCAAAGGGUUCAGUUCCCUGCCUGGAGAAACUUGAUCUAUCUAACAAUAUGCUUUCAGGGAAAAUUCCACAGGAAAUUGGAUCCUUUUCGAGUCUAAAGUUUCUUGAUCUUGGUGGAAAUGUUUUGGUGGGCACAAUUCCAAUCUCUAUAACAAAUAUAACAAGCUUGGAAUUCUUGACUCUGGCUUCAAAUCAAUUAGUUGGUCAAAUUCCACGAGAAUUGGCACAAAUGAAGAGCCUAAAAUGGAUUUACCUGGGCUACAACAAUCUUUCAGGCCAAAUUCCAAAGGAAAUUGGGGAAUUAACUUCUUUGAAUCAUCUUGAUCUUGUCUACAACAACCUCACAGGAUCAAUUCCAUCCUCUGUAGGAAACCUCACAAAUCUUCAUUACCUCUUUCUCUACCAGAACAAGCUUACAGGUUCAAUUCCAACAUCCAUUUUUGGUAUCAAGAGGUUGAUUUCACUUGAUCUUAGCGAUAAUUCUCUCUCGGGUGAGAUUCCAGAACUCAUAGUUCAGUUGCAAAACUUGGAGAUUCUUCAUCUUUUCUCCAACAACUUCACUGGAAAAAUCCCCAGUGCUUUAAGUUCUUUGCCUCGUCUCCAAGUCCUUCAGCUUUGGUCUAACAACUUUUAUGAUGAGAUUCCAAAAGGUCUUGGGAAGCAAAAUAAUCUCACCGUAGUAGACCUUUCCACAAAUUCUCUCACUGGAAAAAUCCCAGAAGGUCUAUGCAACUCAGGCAAUCUCUUUAAGCUCAUUCUCUUCUCAAAUUCACUUCAUGGUGAAAUUCCCAUGAGCUUGAGUACUUGCAAAAGCUUGCAGCGAGUACGUCUCCAAGGCAAUAAUUUAUCUGGUGAAUUCCCAGCAGAGUUCGCCAAACUGCCACUUGUGUACUUCUUGGAUAUCUCAAGCAACAAUUUCUCAGGCAGGAUUGAUUCCAAUAACUGGGAGAUGGCUUCCCUUCAAGUGUUGAGUUUGUCAAGGAACAGAUUUUUUGGAGGCUUGCCUGAUUCAUUUGGCAGCGACCAGAUUGAGACCUUGGACUUGUCCGAAAACAGUUUUUCAGGUACUAUUCCUCGUACUUACGGUAGUUUCCCAGAGCUAGUGCAACUGAAGCUAAGUGGAAACGAGCUCUCUGGUGAAAUCCCAGAUGAGUUAUCUUCAUGCAACAAGCUUGUGAGUCUAGACCUCAGCCACAAUCAGCUUAGUGGCCAAAUUCCAGCUAGUUUUUCUGGAAUGACAGUUCUUGGACAGCUUGAUUUAUCACAGAAUCAAUUAUCAGGAGAAAUACCACCAAGUUUAGGAGGAGCAGAAUCGCUUCUCCUAGUCAACAUCUCACACAAUCAUUUUCAUGGUAGUUUACCAUCCACAGGAGCUUUUCUUGCCAUAAAUGUAAGUGCAGUUGCCGGUAAUGAACUUUGCCGCGGUGAUACUUCCGUUGGCUUGCCUCCAUGCAGAAGUGUAAAGAAUCCAACGAGGUGGUAUUUUGUUGCUUGUAUUCUUGGUGCGACAAUGGUUUUUUCUCUUGCUGCCUUUGGAAUUUUCUUGAUUCGAGGACAAAAGAAUCUAGAGAUGAAAACUGUGGAAAAUGAAGAUGGGAUAUGGGAAUUGCAAUUCUUUCAUCCCAAGGCAUCAAAAUCUGUAACAAUCGAUGAUAUUUUUUCCUCCAAGAAAGAAGAAAAUAUCAUUCACAGGGGCAAGAAAGGGCUCUCAUACAAAGGGAAGUCCAUCAUAAACGACAUGCAGUUCGUGGUAAAGGAAAUAAAUGAUGUGAAAUUAUUAAUCCCGUCAAAUUUUUGGCCUGAGAUUGCUGAAUUUGGUAAGCUUCAGCAUCCAAAUAUCGUCAACUUAAUUGGAGCAUGUCGUUCCGACAAGGUUGCAUAUUUGAUCUACGAGUACGUAGACGGUACAAAUUUAAGUGAAAUUCUUCCGAAUUUGAGUUGGGAACGGCGGCGGAAGAUCGCCGUCGGAAUUGCGAAAGCUCUCCGGUUCUUGCAUAGCUAUUGUUCGCCGACAGUUCUAGUUGGCUACAAGUCAACGGAGAAAAUAAUGGUUGACGGAAAAGGUGAGCCUCGCCUGAGACUGAGCCUUCCUGACCAGCUUUCCAUUGACGCCAAGUGCUUCACUUCUUCCGCCUACGUUGCCCCUGAAGUUAAUAACUCAAAAGAUACCAAUGAGAAGAGUGACAUAUAUGAAUUUGGUUUCAUCCUGAUGGAGCUAUUAACCGGGAAAAAUUCGGCCGAUUGUGAAUUUGGCGUCCAUCAAAGCAUCGUAGAAUGGAUCAGGUAUUGCUACUCCGAUUACCAUCUAGACAGAUGGAUUGAUCCAAUGAUCAAAGAAGAAGCAUUAGUUAACAAGAAUGAGAUGGUUCGAACCAUGAAUUUAGCUCUCCAUUGCACAGCCACCGACUCUGCAGCUCGACCAUCUUCACACGAUGUGUUAAAAGUCCUUCACUCAGCUUUGAGGACAAGCUCUUGUGUUUCUCUCCUAAACUUCCCUUCAUCUAGUUUGUAGGUUUUUCAUCAUGUAUAAUUUUCGUUUGAGUUUUUUUUUAUUUUUAUUUUUUUUAAAUUUUCCUUCUUAUGUUGAUUUUCUAGCUUGAUAAAUUGUUAAAAAAUUAUGGUUAUUAGUCAAAUGUUUUGUUUGAUGAUGUUAAGUUUGACAUACUAGUGAGUGUAACAAUGUAGAUACUAAAUCCCAUUAUGUGAAAAUUAUAAUUUUUCUUUUAUUAAAAAAUAAAAUUUAUUUCUUCAACAACAUGUA